CGGGGAGGAACAGGGAGAGGGCGAGGCGCGCCUGGCGGCCGGGUUGGCUGCGGCCGCCCAGAGGCUCCUGCCAGUCCCCCCACCGACUACACCCCGGGAAGGAGGAGCUUCGCGCGCGCACAAGGCGUCAGAAUCCUCAAUUUCCAACUUAGCAUCUUGGCAGGACCUUUGCAAAGCCAAAAGCAGAGCCCCCCGGUGCAAAGAGCGAGGGGGGGUGGGGGGAGAGAAAGCCUAGCCCGGGCAAGCGGGGCGUGCAGAGGAGCGGGCGCGGCGGUCGCAGCCGGAGGCGAGCGGGAAGCCAACCAGGAGGCGCCGCGGGCCGGAGCCCGGGAGCCGGGGCUCGAAGAGCUGCGGCCCGGGGCAACGAGAGGCCAGGUGCCCGCUCCCUCGCCCUCGCAGGGCGCCGCCCGGCUCGUUGGCCGCCGCGGCGCGGCGCGCCCCAUGCCCGUGUGUGGCCAUGUCCUACCCGCAGGGCUACUUGUACCAGCCGUCCGCCUCGCUGGCGCUCUACUCGUGCCCCGCAUACAGCACCAGCGUCAUUUCGGGGCCCCGCACGGAUGAGCUCGGCCGCUCGUCUUCGGGCUCCGCAUUCUCGCCCUACGCUGGCUCCACUGCCUUCACCGCUCCGUCUCCGGGCUACAACUCGCACCUCCAGUACGGCGCCGACCCCGCGGCUGCAGCCGCCGCCGCCUUCUCGUACGUGAGCUCUCCCUACGACCACACUCCUGGUAUGGCGGGUUCCUUGGGGUAUCACCCUUACGCGGCGCCUCUGGGCUCCUACCCUUAUGGGGAUCCCGCGUACCGGAAGAACGCCACUCGGGACGCCACCGCCACACUCAAGGCCUGGCUCAAUGAGCACCGCAAGAACCCGUACCCCACCAAGGGCGAGAAGAUCAUGCUGGCCAUCAUCACCAAGAUGACCCUCACUCAGGUGUCCACCUGGUUCGCUAACGCGCGCCGGCGCCUCAAGAAAGAAAACAAGAUGACGUGGACGCCACGGAACCGCAGCGAGGACGAGGAGGAGGAGGAGAACAUUGAUCUGGAGAAGAAUGACGAGGACGAGCCCCAGAAGCCCGAGGACAAGGGCGACCUCGAGGGCCCCGAAGCAGGAGGAGCAGAACCGAAGGUUGCCGUGGGCUGCGAAAGGCUGCAGGGGCCGCCCAGUCCCGCCGGCAAGGAGACGGAAGGCAGCCUCAGCGACUCGGAUUUUAAGGAGUCGCCCUCCGAGGGCCGCCACGACGAGCUGCCCAGACCCCCGCGUGCAGGCGGGCCGUCCCCAGCCGGGCCCGCAACCGCGCGUCUGGUCGAGGAUGCUGGUCCUCACUACCCCGCGGGCGCGCCGGCGCUUGGCCUGCACCCAUCGGCCGGAGAGCUGCCCCCUGGCUCGGGCGGGCCCUCAGUCAUCCACUCGCCACCUCCACCUCCGCCGCCGCCUCCGGCCGUGCUCGCCAAGCCCAAACUGUGGUCUCUGGCAGAGAUAGCCACUUCCUCGGACAAGGUCAAGGACGGGAGCGGAGGGAGCGAGGGCUCUCCGUGCCCACCGUGCCCCGGGCCCGUGGGCGGGCAAACCCUUGGAGGCAGCCGUGCGUCUCCUGCCCCAGCGCCCGCGCGCUCGCCCUCGGCGCAGUGUCCCUUUCCGGGCGGGACGGUACUGUCCCGGCCGCUCUACUACACCGCGCCCUUCUAUCCUGGCUACACGAACUAUGGCUCCUUCGGACACCUUCACGGCCACCCAGGGCCAGGCCCCACAGCGGGUCCUGGCUCUCAUUUCAAUGGAUUAAACCAGACGGUGUUGAAUCGAGCGGACGUUUUGGCUAAAGACCCGAAAAUGUUGCGAAGCCAGUCUCAGCUAGACCUGUGCAAAGACACUCCCUAUGAAUUGAAGAAAGGUAUGUCCGACAUUUAACUCGGGUACGGUACUCCCGGACUUUCCUAAUUUAUUAAAACCAUGGCCUUGGCAGUUAUUUUUUCCAUCACCAAGAGAGAGAAAGAGAAAGAAAAAAUAAACUACCCCUCUUAUUCAGAAGUUUAUAGUUUAUGGAGGUGGAUGACAUAAAAAUGUAUACAUCUCCACACUCGAAAAAAUUGUUUUAGCCAACUGAAAAGAAAAAAAAAACCUAAGAGGAUUUGUAUUAAAUCUUAUUCUGUAUAUUUAAUGUAGCAUUUUUGUAUUUAAAUUGAUAAUUCAGUAUCUUUGAAGUAAAUUAUGAAAUCAAGACACCUGUACAGGCAUUUAAUGUUUUUUGUAAUAUAAAUAUAUACAUUUGUGUUCCCCCAAACUGUUUCAUAGUUUAAAAAUACAAGUUUAAUUUAAUUUUUUACACCUAUUGAUUUUUUCUGCGUAUGAACUAAAGUAUUAUUACAGAAAGGAAACAGGUUAUACUCUUAGAUUUAAAAAGUAAAAGAAACUGCAGUGGUCUUUGUAAAAUGCAAAAUAUUUAAUUAAAGGAGAUUUUAACAUAAUCAGAGCCACUCAUUACUUCUCAGAAGCCUCAAUAAAUUGUCAAUUGCC